GGAUAUAAUAUAUCAACGCAUUGCACAUCAUGUUUCUAUAACAAAACACAGUAUAGUAUUCAAAAACACUGAUUGAAUGCCUCUUUUCUCUAUUUCUUUUUUGAUCCAAACGAUUCCCAACAUUUCUGCUUUUUUUUACCCUUUUGAAUGACUUAUAAAAAUUCCAUCAUGGUGCCUCAUGUAGAAUACCCCUGUUUGGCGUGCAACUACAUUUGUGAUAACCCUUCGCAAAUCCUCCAUCAUUACGAAAAAAGACACAAUAUCGAUUUGGAACUGAAGGCCGAAAAUGUGCACGCAGAGGCUUUUGAGCCGCAAUAUGGCUGUCCUUUCUGUCCUUAUUGUUGUGAGCGCGAUGUCGAUUUGAUCCUCGUCCACUAUGAGGAGGCGCAUGAAUUGUACCUACGUUUGGAAGGGGAGGAUGUCGUGGAAGACAAACGGGCUAAAAUUGAAGCCACCAUCAAAAAGAAGGCUCCCUCCACCUCCAAAGCCAAAUUUCAUCUCGCUGCGGCGGCCGCCGCCGACGACAACGACGACGACGACGAAGAACAAGACAUGCAAGACCAAGAACAAGAGGCCCAUUAUUCUAAAAAUCGCAGCAAAAGCCCACCUCGCGUCAUCGAUAGGCAGCACUAUCGCAUUUCCGGUGAGAUUCUGCGCAAAAUGUACGAGUUGACAGAACUGAUGAAAACCGUUUUCUAUAACCAUCAAUGAUCUACUUUUUUUCUUUCUUUCUUUCUUUCUUGGCUUCUUUCAAAAGACGCCUAUAAACAAAACAAGAGCCACUUUUUCUUGGUUC